AUGCCGUUCUCAACAUCGGCUUUACUUUACAUUUCUCGCCAGAUUUUGAUCUAUGGAGGCUUAUUUCUCAUCUUCAUCGGAAUGUUUGGUUCGUUAAUGCUGAUUUUCAUCUUUAGUCAACGCCCAUUAAGUCGAAAUCCGUGUUCAAUAUAUAUCGUCACCAAUGCCAUUCUCGCAUUUCUGUUCCUUCCUCUCUUUUUCCUGCCAAACAUCGUCACCUUCGGUUUUCAAAUCAAUUGGCUUGCAAUCAACACUCCGUUCUGCAAGUUUCAAAUGAGUUAUGGCAUAUUCACCGUCACAGCCGUGUUCAUCAUCAACUGUUUGAUCUCAUUUGAUCGCUAUGCCAUCUCAUCACGAUCCGCAAGGAUCCGAUCAAUCAGUACGAAGAAGACAUCCAUAUGUCUUGUGAUCGCUGGUGUGACGUGUGCCUUUUGUCUGAUUGCUUUGCCGGCGGCAAUUCUUUUCGAAAACGUACCCAUAGGUCCAAACCUACCGGCGGUUUGCACAUCGAAAUCAACGAUGUUCCUGUUAGUUGCCGCCUUUGUUUAUUAUCCAGUGCUUGAAGGCGUUCUACCGAUCGUUUUGGCGGUUUAUUUUUGGUUUAUCACUCGACGACACGUUCGAAACUUGCAAAAUCUUGAAUUCGCAACACGAUUCGAUAAACAGAUCACUCGAAUGCUUCUGUAUCAAAUCAUUGUCAGCGCCAUCGCGUCGUUUCCAUUCGCCGCUAUCAAUCUUUAUCGAUCCCUAACAGUUCAAGUCGUUCGCACAGCAGAUCAAGAGAAUAUUGUUCAAUUCAUUCGAGUCAUGUCCAUAUGGUUAUUCUAUAUUCAAUACUGCACUGACUUUUACAUUUAUAUGAAGACGUCGAGUGAAGUUCGUGUACAGUUUUGGAAAAUCAUGUGUCUAUGGUGCAGAUAUCGAAACAAUCGCGUCGUUCCGAUCGCAACUCGUACGAUCACAACGCGAAAAACUUUUCAAAACAAUAACACGAACAGACCCACACCACUCAAAUAUUAA